AUGAAGUCACUGCGCUUUGCUUCUGCCGAGGCUCUGGCGUCCCACCCCCAGGUGGCCCUGCAGAGCCUGGACAGCGUGGCCCACAACCUCUACCCACUCCUCUUCAAGGCCAGCUACCUGCUGGAGCGGGCGGAGGUGAUCCGAGCUCUGCUGCGGCGGUGGCCGCUGGAGGAGUUCCGGCUUGGGGCCCUGCUGGGGCCCAGCACAGACCACGCAGCCGACCUGCGAGACCGGGCCUGCAGGGCCUGCCUGGAGGCCUGCCUGCGGGGCCUGGCGGACCACGUGCUCCGGGGCACGGGCCCGCGGCGGCUGCAGUUGGCUGACCUCACGGGAGUCCGAGACGUGCAGGUGCAGCAGUGCCCCUGCAGGAGGGCGCUGGGCCGGUGGGGCCGCACGGAGCUGCUGGCCAGGACCUGCUGCGAGCUGCAGGCGGACCCCCGCACCGCCCGGCAUUCCGUCAAGGUCCUGGCUGACAUCUUCGUCACGGAUGGAAACUUCCAGUUGGUGGUGCAGGCCCUGGGGCCGGCAGCUUCCACCCCGCCGCUGCGCCUGCGCUGCCUCUCCUUCCGGGCGGACAGCCUGGAGCCCGGCCAGCUCCUGCAGGUGCUGUGCCUGGCAGGGCCCGGCGAGCUGCGCCGGCUGCAGGUGGUGCACAACGUGCGGCUGCACGCGGGCCACGUGCAGCAGCUGCUGGCCCAGCUGCACUUCCCCCAGCUGGUGUCGCUCACCCUGCCUGCCAGGGCCUUCGACCCGCCCCCUGCCUGCGCCCCGGCUCCCGAGGGGGAGGACUCCCUCCUCACCUCCAUCGCCUGGCAGCUCAGCCAGAUGACCCAGCUCACCGAGCUGAGUGUGGCUUUCUCCACGCUGACCGGGAACGUCCAGAAACUGCUCCGCCCCCUCAGGACCCCGCUGAGAGCCCUGGACCUGGCCAACUGCUCCCUGAACCACGCGGACAUGGCCUUCUUGGCGGACUGCGCCCAUGCCGCCCACCUGGAGGUGCUGGAUCUCAGCGGGCACAGCCUGGUCCACCUCUUCCCUUCGAGCUUCUUCCGGCUGCUGGGCCGGGCCUCGCAGACACUGAGGGUGCUCACCCUGGAGGAGUGCGGCAUCGAGGACCGCCACCUGAGCACCCUGAUCCUGGCCCUGGGCCCCUGCCAGCAGCUGCAGGAGCUCCGCUUCCUGGGCAACCCGCUGUCGGCCUCCGCCCUCCGGCGCCUCUUCCUAGCCCUCUGUGAGCUCCCCAAGCUGUGGUGGGUGGAGUUCCCGGUGCCCAAGGACUGCUACCCGGAGGGGGCUGCCUACCCCCAGGACGAGCUGGCCAUGUCCAAGUUCGACCAGCAGAAAUACGACCUCAUCGCCGAGGACCUGCGAGGGGUGCUGUUGCGGGCCGGCCGGGACGACAUCCAGGUCUCCACGCCGGUCUUCGGAAGCUUCGACCCAGAUAUCCAAGAAACAAGCAACGAACUCGGGGUUUUCUUGCUGCAAGCUUUCAGAACGGCCCUGGAAAACUUUUCCCUGGCUCUGAAACAAAUGGAGUAG